UUUAUCUAUAUCUAUAUAAAUCGAUCCGUUAAGCAGGAACAUCACAUGUGAAGUAGGUUGGUUAAUUUGACGUGCGUAGAAGAAAGUAAUACGAAGCUCCUAAUAUGGCUAGCGAUAAAACAUCAGGAAAAUCUACUGAAGGUACAAAAUCCACUACAAAUGUAUUGCUUGCAUUUCAAAUGCUACGCAAUGAGCAACGAGCAGUGGCUAAUAAAUUAUCAGAACUGGAGAUGGAACUAAAUGAACACAAGAUUGUAAUUGAUACAUUAAAAAACGUGGAUGCAGAAAGAAAAUGCUAUAGAAUGACAGGAUGUGUAUUACGUGAAUGCACUGUAAAAGAAGUAAUACCUGAAUUAAUACUAAACAAAGAUUUUCUAACGGAUGUUAUAGAUAAUCUAAAUGAUCAGUUAACAGAGAAAGGAAUUGAAAUAAAUGAAUUCAAGGAGAAGCAUAAUAUUAAAGUUAUGGGUCAACAGGAUGUGCAACAACCACAGCAAAACGAAGGUUCAAAUGAAGCAAAAAGUUCAGUCGUUGUUAAUUCAUUGUUAAACAACUAUACAUAAGAUUGAAAUUUCUUUUUCCAUACAUGUCACAUUUAUAUUUAAAUCAUGUCUUUCGUUUAUUAAGUCUUCUGGAAUAUCAUUUUGUUUAGCAUUUACAAAUAUUAAAUUUUUUUAAAAAUCUA